AGCAAUCCGCGACUGAGUGAAUAAAUGAAGAAGCCUUGUUUUUUUACGAUUGGACGUGUAUAUUAAUGCAUCAAGAGGUGCAUUAAAUCAGUAGUGAGGGGUUUAGUAUGAAAACCUCAUGAUCAAUACAAACAGUGUCUGAUGUUUGUAUGAAGCACCAAGUAUGUCGAAGCUGCCGGUUUAAAAUAUAAAAAGUUCUCAAUUUUAGUUUUCAGCGUGUGAGGGGAUUAUAUAUUAGGACCAUACAAAUAACCAAGAUUACGGUCAGCUAGGGAUCUUCAGAUGAAGAUUCAUAACGUUAGGCGAUUAUUUUCGCAAAGAUCCAUAUGGUUUUUUCAAUUUUCAUUUCAGGAUUUAGGAUUUCUGCAGUACAAUAUAACAAUUUUCAACAGACAGAUAUUUGUCUCCGGAUAUACAUCAUCUGACGGAUUCGUAUCCAUUUAAUAGAAGUGGAUAAAAGUAGAACUUCUAAGCGUCCGCCUCAGUGAUGGAUCGGCAGAAUUUUACCACCCUGUACAAAGCGAGUGGAAUGAACGACACACAAGAAAUGCCGGGUCUGAGUGGACCAUCAGCGCCUGAACACUUUAAGGCUAUACAGGACUUCGUGAAAGUUGUGUCACCCAUCACGUUCUGCAUUGGCUACCCUCUGAACUGGCUCGUGUUUUACAUCUUUUCCAGGUCCAAGCUCAAAACGACCUCGUCUUCCCGCUACAUUGCCGCCAUUGCUUUUGUGGACAACGUGGUUAUUUUUACUUAUUUUAUGAUUCAUUUGUCUGAUUAUUAUAACGUCCCUGUAUAUAACAUCUACGGUGCCUGUCAGUUUCUUAACUAUUUCAAUUUUAUAGGAAUAUUCCUCUCUAUUUGGUACGUAACGGCGCUUGUGAUUGACAAAUUCAUUGGAUUGUACUGGCCAGUCAAAAGGUCUGAAUAUUGUACGGAGUUUCGGGCGAAGUGUGUAACUGUGCUGUUCGCCAUCUUCUCUAUUGUAAUGUAUCACUAUCUUUUGUGGACAGUUGGAAAUAAGGUCAAUGGACAUACCACUUUAUGUAUGCCUUACCAUGCACCGAGUUUGAUGGAAACUUGGAGUUUUCUUAAUCAUGUUGAUUACGUAAUCGUGGCGAUAAUUCCGUAUUUAACGAUAGUGAUAUUGCUCGGCCUUAUUAUCGUAAAGCUCUGUACGUACAAAUCCAACGUCAGACAGGUGCGCGGAUCCCUGCGGGGGAGGCUUCCUAGUGUUAACACGGAACAGGAGUUCAAGACCAUGCCACUAGUCAUUGCAGUGGCCGUCACAACCAUCGCUCUAGGACUUCUCUUCAAUAUCUAUAGGAUUUUUCGAAUCAUGGAUCAAAACACUCACACGGUGGCUUUAUGUUUUUAUCAAAUUUCUUUUGCCUGCAAGUUUUUUUCGUACGUGAUGACGUCAGAGAGUUUCCGUGAUCACCUGACUAUGCUGUGCCGUCAGUGUAUUUACCAUGGCCCUGGGAUUCCCCUCUGUCGCGGGCACUCCGAGUCGGAGCCGACCACAUUCAUCAGUGUUAACCAACAGACACACGGUUCCACGGAGGACCACUGUAUCAUUGAGGGCACUGUAUAAACGCUAUACUGUCAGUUACUUGUGUUUAUUAUACAUGCAUAUACUCAAAAUAUUAUGUAAUUAGCUGAACCCGAAAUCCGUGAAGAGCGUUUAGUAACCAUAGCAUAUAGUGAGUAACUGUAAGGUCCACGAGACCUUGUCAAUAAUAAGCUACAUAUAUCAAGGAUAUAAACAUAGGACAAAAAAUGUAUUGAU